AUUUGUCUGUCGAAGACGGAGGGAAAGAAAACAGAGAACUUGUUUCUUUCGUCGAAGAAGAAGAUGAUGAAGAGAACCCAACAAUCUGCAAGAGAAACAAAGCAAGAAGCUAAAGAUGCAAGCAAAGCGAAGAGCGGUUUAUUCGCUUCUUGUUCCUUCUCUUCACUUGGUUUAGAUCCCAAGCUCUCUGACCAGCUCCAAGAAAGGAUGGGUUUUGAAGCUCCUACGCUUGUACAAGCUCAAGCAAUUCCUGUUAUUCUCUCUGGUCGAGAUGUACUUGUUAAUGCUGCAACCGGUACUGGAAAGACUAUAGCGUAUUUGGCACCACUCAUCCAUCACUUGCAGGGUUAUUCUCCUAAGGUUGAUCGUUCUCAUGGAACUUUUGCUUUGGUGAUUGUGCCUACACGGGAACUAUGCCUUCAGGUGUAUGAAACCUUGGAGAAGUUACUGCAUCGGUUUCAUUGGAUUGUCCCUGGCUAUGUAAUGGGAGGAGAGAAAAAGGCUAAAGAAAAGGCUAGAUUAAGGAAAGGGAUAUCCAUUCUAAUUGCAACCCCGGGACGCCUUCUUGACCAUUUGAAGAACACAGCUUCAUUCGUGCACAAAAAUCUGCGUUGGGUCAUCUUUGAUGAAGCUGAUAGCAUUCUCGAAUUAGGUUAUGGGAAGGAGAUAGAACAGAUAAUUAAGCUUCUAGGUUCAGGGCAAUACGAAGAAGGUGAAACGGAUGAUAUUGUUCCAAAGGGCAUUCAGAAGCAGAACUUAUUAUUGUCAGCAACAUUGAAUGAAAAAGUUAACGAUCUUGCAAAACUUAGUUUGGACGAUCCGGUAAUGAUUGGUCUUGACAACAGCAAAUUGCAACAAAAUCUAUCAAUAGAGUCUCCUGCCUCUCCUGACUCUGAUGCGGAUGAUAUGGUAAUUCAUGUUAACAAAUCCGUAAACCCUUCAUCUGAGGACUAUGGAAUACCAUCACAGCUAGUGCAGAAAUAUGUUAGAGUGCCAUGUGGUGCACGGCUUGUGGCACUUCUUUCUGUUCUCAAGAACCUUUUUGAAAGAGAAGCUUCUCAAAAGGUGGUCGUAUUCUUUUCGACACGUGAUGCUGUAGACUUUCAUUACUCACUUCUGACUGAAUUCCAGUGGCCACCGAAUUCUGAGACAGAAGAGGAGGCGACCAAACAGUUGUUUCUUAAGUGCAAAACGUUUCGGUUACAUGGAAGUAUGGAGCAGGAGGAUAGAAGAUCUGCGUUUGGGACUUUCAAAACAGAGAAACAGGCCCUUCUCUUGAGUACAGAUGUUGCUGCUAGAGGCUUGGAUUUCCCAAAAGUAAGAUGUAUUAUACAAUAUGACUGUCCUGGGGAAGCUACCGAGUAUGUGCAUAGAGUGGGUAGAACAGCUCGUAUUGGUGAAAAGGGAGAAGCCUUGUUAUUUCUACAACCGAUUGAAAUAGACUAUCUUAAGGAGCUUAAGAAACAUGGCGCAUCACUUACAGAGUACCCUCUUCUAAAAGUACUUGAUAAAUUUCCCAUACCCGGCAAUAUGCCCCGAAUCAAAAAGGUCAUAUCCCUAGAAUCGCAUCCAUGGGUCAUAUCUCUGCAAAGAGCUCUUGAAUCCUUUAAUUACGCUGAGCCAAAGAUGAAGAGCCUGGCGAAAAAUGCAUUUGUCUCUUGGGUUAGGGGAUAUGCAGCUCACAAGGGAGAGCUCAAGAGCAUUUUCGUGGUGAAGAAGCUUCACUUAGGUCAUGUCGCCAAGAGUUUUGCUCUGCGAGAGCAACCGUCUUUAGUUGGGAAAUCACAUCAUAAGGAAACAAUGAAGAGAAAGAGAGACGAACGUCAGAAAGGGCAACAAGGUAAGAAGAGAAAGAAGAUGAGUGGCAGUGGCAAUAGAAGUACACAAAAAACUUGAUCAAAUCGGUUUCGCCACCAUAAACCAUGGCAUAAGUUUUGUAGUGAAUGAGCUCUGCUUUGUUCAUUGAAAAUUUUGAAAUAUCUAAAAGAAGUUUGGAACUUAAUCAUGUUUGUUAACAAUAUUACUUGUAUUAGCCAGAAAGCUAAAGAUUCACAUCAAAUGCUUACCAGAGGUUUCGCGGAA